AUGUACCCUACACUGAAAGCAAGUACCUGCAUUCAAGAAGUGAUGGGUCCUAACCUGGUCCAAUCCAACACAACCCCCGAAUACCACUCUUUGCCAUCCUUAAAAUACACUACACCCAAAACUAGGGUUUUUGCUAUAACGCCACAGAGCUGGAUCCCAUAUGCCGAACUCAUGCGACUAGAUCGUCCCGCGGGCUACUGGGCCUUUUACUGGCACUUCGCCAUCGGCCUCGCCUUGGCAGCCAGCAUGUCUUCUCCGAUUCCGUCGCCACUGACCCUCAUCUCUCUGUUUCUCUUCUUCGCAGUUUGGGUCAUUGUACUGCCCGGAGCAGUCUGUUCCUGGAACGACAUUUUGGACCAGAACUUCGACCGCAAGGUGUCUAGAGCCCGAAAUCGUCCCAUUCCACGGGGCGCGGUCUCCACUGUCCAAGGCCAUCUCUUCACGCUCGCUCAGAUAGCCCUGGGGACUGUGACGCUUCUUCCUUUGCCCCGGAGGUGCAUGUAUCAUGCUGCACUCAUGACAGCUAUCCUGCUGGUGUAUCCUCUAGGGAAGCGAGUCACGGAUUUCCCACAGGUCAUAUUGGGAAUUGCAUUCGGGAUGCCUAUCUUCCUUUGCGGUGAGGCUCUAGACUCCAAUCCUCUCCCACUGUCGGACUUAUAUCGUCUUGGAACUGAGACUGAUGACCUGCGCCUGGUUGCUGCGCUGUGUUUCUACAUAGCAAGUGUCCUGUGGACUGUCAUUUUCGACACUAUCUACGCGCACCAGGAUGCCAAAGACGAUGCCAAGGUGGGCGUACGGUCGUUAGCUGUUCGCCUUGGUGACCGCACGAAGCAGGCAUUGUCUGUUCUCGCGGCGACACAGGUGAUGCUGCUGUUCGCUGCUGGUGUAGCAUGCAAUUUCUCGGCAAUCUACUUUGCAGGCAGCUGCGUUGGACCAGCAAUCUCUUUGGCUGCUUUGCUAUGGUUUAUUGAUCUUGAUCUGCGGCACUCAGCGAGCUGCGCGUGGUGGUUUUGCCCGGGGUCUCACCUUGUGGGUGCGAGUAUAUUUGCUGGGCUGCUGGGGGAGUGUUGCGUCAAUUCUUGGUCUCGCUCCUUCUAG